AAUCAAAGAAGAAAUAGAAAUACCGCGAGACAACGCGCCGACCAUAUUAAAAUCCGGAAGGUAAUUGGGUAACGCCGGGCAGAUAAGAAGCAACGAAAACAAAAAAAAUCCCCAAAUAAAUUAAGAACACCCACCCCAUCAAAAAACGUUAAGCUUUUCUUUUUCCCUGACGGCACAGAAAUGAAUAAUACCCGGUCUACCUUUUCAACUUUUGGAGGAGCAGCUCCCAGAGAACCGGCUGGCAACCAGGUUUCUUCUGAAUUAACAGUAUGCGAAGCCCGUGAACUACUUUACAACGCAGCUUUAUUACUUUCGGAAUUGAAUCAAAUCUGCCUGAUUUUAAAGCAGGACGUUGAGAGCGAAAAAGGCUGGCCUGAGUUAUUUGCCAGGGCAAUGACCGUUAAAAAGCAACUUCAGGAAAAAUUACACCGUUUGGAGGAUCCACAUAUUUUGGAGAAAGUGAAAAAAAAGCUAACAUCGGUCAGAAAGAAGAGAGAAAGGGUACGGAGGAAAAAAACAACGCGCUUACUUGAAAAAGAGGACCAGGAAUUUCGGAUGGCCGAGAUAGAUGAAAGAAUUAACAAGUGGAGAAAUCAGCGGGUUCAGAUUGUUGAGGAGAAAAAACGGGAGCAAGAGCUGAAAGUUGCAGCAGAUAGUGUCCUCUCUGAAGUGAGGAAAAAGCAGGUGGAUAUUAAAAGAAUGGUGGAUAUUCUUAAAUCAUUGGAGAAGCUUCGCAGACUGAGAAAGGAAGCGGCAAGUAGGAAAGGUGUGUACCCUGAAUGUUCAGCAAAUGAGCAGUUUGAGGAGCAGAUUUUAAACCUCAGAAAAGUGUUUGAAAAGCGAACUGCCUUGUAUAAUGCAGAAGAAAAAGCUUUGCGUGUUAUGUUGGAGAGUGAGCGUGAAGAGGAGCGGAAACGUGACCUGGAGAGAAAGCUGAAAAAAGAAAAGGACAGGCAACUACAUAAAAAAAGAGAAUUUGAAUCUGCUUUUUUUGGAGAUUCAGCUGAAAUUCCACCAAAUCAUCCACUGUAUCCUUUUAGACAAUAUUAUUUGCAAGGAGAGCAUUCAUUAUCGGCACUAGUAAAUAUUCGGAAAGACUGGGAUUGCUACUUAACCCCUGCAGAGCAUCCAAGUGGAAGCAACAUUCCCAGAGAUUGGGUCUUUCCAUCAUUGCCUUCGAGUGACAUCUGGGCCACCGCAAUUGAAAAACAGAUUAGUUUUUUCUCUCAAGACAAUAUGGAUAAACUUGGAAGCUAACUUGUCAAACUAUUCAAUUGGAGAAAAUUGUCUUGUAGCAAAUAAAAAAUAAUUAAACA